AUGAGCCUGUAUCUGCAUUCAGCUUGUGGCCCACACUGGGCUCCCAUCCUGCCAAUCACACGGCCCACACUGGGCUCCCAUCCUGCCAAUCACACGGCCCACACUGGGCUCCCAUCCUGCCAAUCACACGGCCCACACUGGGCUCCCAUCCUGCCAAUCACACGGCCCACACUGGGCUCCCAUCCUGCCAAUCACACGGCCCACACUGGGCUCCCAUCCUGCCAAUCACACGGCCCACACUGGGCUCCCAUCCUGCCAAUCACACGGCCCACACUGGGCUCCCAUCCUGCCAAUCACACGGCCCACACUGGGCUCCCAUCCUGCCAAUCACACGAUCAGCCGACAGAGGCAGGUGCUUUACUUACCAGUGACCUGGGAGAAUUAUUGACCUGCUCAGCCAUAAUCCGAGGGGACGUGGAAGAACUUAAUGAGGAGGACCUCAGCAGACUUCUGAAGAAGAGAAAACGUAAACCGUUGCCAGAGUCUUUCUAUCUCAAUUCAACAAAGGAUUGCAGUGCUUACAUCAGAGACAGGGGGUUUCUAACCGUAGCUCUCAGUGAAGAAGAGCGGGACUUUCCUAUUGCCUAUUCCAUGGUGAUCCAUGAGAAGAUCGAGAUGUUUGAGAGGCUCCUCAGAGCUGUGUACACACCACAGAAUGUGUACUGUGUGCAUGUGGACAAGAAGUCUCCAGAAAACUUCAUGAAGGCUGCGGAAGCCAUUGUUUCUUGUUUUCCAAAUGUGUUUGUGGCAAGCAAACUGGAGAGGGUUGUUUAUGCCUCUUGGUCUCGAGUCCAAGCUGACCUGAACUGCAUGAAUGAUCUGUUGAACUCGACUGUUGAGUGGAAGUACCUUAUCAAUACCUGUGGAACUGACUUCCCCAUCAAAACCAACAAAGAGAUGGUGCGAGCACUAAAAGUGCUAAAUGGAAAGAACUCCAUAGAGUCUGUGGCACCUGCUGAGUACAAGAAAGCUCGCUGGGAGUACCACUACAAGGUCACUGAGUCUGGUGUCAUUCGGACUGGCAUUAAGAAGAGCCCCCCUCCCAUCAGUACCCCAAUGUUCUCUGGAAAGGCUUACUUUGUGCUGUCAAAAGAGUUUGUAGAGGACUUGUUUAAAAGCCCAGAGGCUAAAGCUUUGAUGGAGUGGGAGAAGGACACAUACAGUCCAGAUGAGCACCUUUGGGCAUCUCUUCAGCGCAUGCCAGGUAUGCCAGGGUCCAGCCCUCCCAACAACAAAUACGACACGACGGACAUGAACUCCAUAGCCUGUCUGGUGAAGUGGAUUGCAAAUGAAGGAAAUGUAAGGAGGGGGGCAUCUUAUCCCCCAUGCAAUGGAAUAUACAGAAGGGAUGUGUGUGUGUAUGGUGCCGGUGAUCUCAACUGGAUUCUCAGGCAUCAGCAUCUUUUUGCCAACAAAUUUGACCCAGAAGUUGAUGAAAUUGCUCUUAAGUGCCUGGAACAUUACUUGCGCAAUAAAACUUUAACUGGUCAAUCACUUCAGUUUGCUGAAAAAUCGCACAUAAUGAAAAGGUAA